GAUCCGAAUCCGAAUUCGAAGCCGAUUUGUGAUCAAUAUGUGACUCUGUUUUGUGUGUGUAUAUAUCAUAUGGCAGAGGGGUGCGUUUGUGCCAGGUUCAGAUUGAGUGUUGGCCGUAAAUGCGAGCCAAUUGUAUCUGGCAGAUACGUUGUGCCGUGUGUUAUCGCUACUGCUUCAGCUACCGCGUCGCGUCGCUCCGCUGUCGCAAUUAUUGUUAUUUCGAAUGCAUCGUAUCGUCGCAUCGGAGCUAAUAUAUAGUUUAUAUAUUUUGCCAGGCGACUUCUCCGGAGUCGCCACAUAUUUUCGCCUCGGCAACGUCAACAACACAUCCGUGCUGUGAACGUGACCUCCCGCGCAUUAAAAUAAAUUCUAAUUUGUUGAAGAAAAGAGCAGCGAAAAAUGUUUUGUUAUUGUUAUUGCAAAGAAGUGCUGGCUUGAGUAUCUACACACGCGCACACUCGCACACCUGCAUAUCUAUGUCGGCGACUGUGUGUGUGUGCGUAUGUGUAUGUGUGUGAGUGCUGGUUCGCGUAUGAAGCAAUAUUCAUUAUGAGUGCGAGUGCGUGUGGUGUCGUCUGCCCAUUGUGUUUAUGUGUGUAUUUGUUUAAUUUAUAUCUAGAGUCUGAUAUAAAUAUUAAAAUAAAAAGAAAUAUAUAUAUGUUUAUAUAUAUGUAUAUUGUAUGUGCAUAAAAUAUCAGAAGCAACAGGCGGCGAAAGCAGCAACUACCAGCCAAGCGACAAAUUUUUGUUUUUGCGGAUCAUGUGACCAGUAGCUCCCGCUGGCCAUCAUUCAGUCAAUCAAUCAGCAGCACCGCAGCCCAAAAAUGUUUCAAUUAUGUUAUCGCCAGCAACAACAUCGACAUCGUCCAGAAUCGAAACCAUCGAACCAGAGCAGAGCAGAGCUGCCCAGGCCAGGCGCUACAGAGGAGGAGCUAGCGUAAGCCAAGGAAUCCCACGAAUUCGUAGACCAAAGUCGCUGUCAAAACCGAGACUAGCACCAAAUAAUCCACAAUCACAAGGCAACCGAGAGCAAUUUAGCAUAGCAACCGCACAGGAAUUAGCCAGAGAGGGCACACAGCCAGAGACCGAGUGAGAGUCGGUGUCACAGUCAAAGGGCAGAGCCAGUCCAGGAUCAGAAGCAGGACUUCGCCAUGGGCUGCUCGCCAAGCACACUGCCCGCCCCGAAUGCCGCGGGCGGAGGAGGAGUAGGAGGAGCCCCCGGUGGCCAGGGAUCCCUUCCAUUGGAUGCCACUGAAAAGGAUGGCAGUCGUUUGUUUUGCAUCAAGCUUCGACGCAGUCGCCUGCGUCGCUGCAGCUGCGGCGGAGUGACCUUGCAGGUGCCCAACGAUGGCAAUGGCAGCACUGCAGGCAGCGGCACCGGCGACAACCUGUGCGGCCAGGUGCUCCUGAAUCCACUGCAGACCAAGAGCGAGGCCGACUAUGAGAAGCUGAGCACUGGCAAAAAGGACUCGAUUGUGACGGUGGCUGCCCUGGGCAACUUCACACACAGCGUGGUGCGACGGGCCACUGGGAGCACAGGCACCUCGGGCACCAGUUCAUCCGGCGGCGGCAACAGCCACCGCCACCGCAAGUCAUCGCUCGCCCUCGCUUUAACCCCGGAAGAUGAGCCAAUGGACGUGUACCAGCGAAAUCUCAUGGACCUGAAGUAUCCAACCGUGCUACCACCGAAUCCUCAACUUAAGGCCCUGCUGGUCUUCCACAAGGCGGACAGCAUUUGCGAGGCGGUCACCGCAGCCUGCCAGCGGCAUCAGCUGGACGUAACGCUGGUCAAGUCAAAGGAGGAGGCUUUGGACACCCUGCAAAAGUCGUAUGCCACCGCCCAGUGUUACCAUCUAAUCAUAAUUGAUGCUCGCUCCGCCAAGAAUCUUGAUGCAGAGCACAUUGCGAGAACCAUACGUCACACACACGGCCACCAUUUAACGACAAUAAUUGCAGUCUGCAAGAAGAGUUUCUUCGAAAAGGAUGAUGUGCUAAUUGCUCUAUUGGACGCUGGCGUUAAUAGAUGCGUAGCGGAGACGACCAACCUGGCCAUGUGCAGUGUGGAACUGAAGCAGAUACUGCACUCCAUCAUCCGGCCGCACAAUGUCAUGUCCACUCAACAGGCACUCUACACGGCGCUGCACCGGCUAAAGGAGGUGGUGCUCAUCACGGACGACGUGCUGCGCAUUCAGUACGCGAACAGGGCCACCGAGAGGCUCCUCAACAUGCGGCUGGACGAAAUCAUUAGCAAGCCGCUGGCGGACAUAUUCGUGUCGGACCUGUCCACCAUCAGUGAGCAGGGCAAGAGCAUCAAGGAGUUCGAUGGCAUACUGACGGUGCGCCGCAAGAGCCAGGAGGGCAUACCCAUGCAUGUACGCGUGGUGCCGGUGGCCUGCAUAGGCAGCGCACCCACGCACCUGAUUUUCAACUUUGAUGUGCCCGGCGGUCAGAUGGAUUUCAUAGCUACGCUGCCACAGCCGAAGGAGGCUCCAAGGGGCUCACUUCAUUCGGUGCGUCGCUGCAGCUUCGAUGUCCGGUCGAUUGCCUCGGAUGGACUGCGAAGGACCAGCCUGGCCAAGCUCACAUCGUUGCCGCUGGAGGCGCCCAUCACUAAAAUAAUCAAUUUACUAUCACAAGUACAGGAGAAUUGUUCGGCCGAUGAGGCGCGUCUCAUCGACAAGGUCCUGGAGUUCCUGAAGCGCGAGGGCCUCUACAGUCCGCAGAUGAAGGAGAUACGAACGGACGAUCCCAUAGCCACCGAUCUGAUCGGUGCCCUGCUGACGGUAGGACCCAGCGUUUACUCAUCGCGUCGCAGCUCGAAUGACUCCAUCAUACGCACUGGCAGCUCCACCAGGACAGCCACUAUUGUGCCAGCCAAGAUGAAGGCCAAUCCCAUCAUCAUGGAACUACUUGAAGAAUCUCUCAGCUGGGACUUUGAUAUUUUCAAAUUAGAGGAGAUCACCGACUACCAUCCUUUGCUUUAUCUGGGCAUGGAGAUGUUCCGUCGCUUCGAUGUCUUUGCCACUUUGAAUAUCGAUGAGAAUGUGUGCAAAGCCUGGCUGGCGGUGAUGGAGGCCCACUACCGCAAGAGCAACACAUAUCACAACAGCACACAUGCCGCAGAUGUGAUGCAGGCCACUGGUGCCUUCAUCACCCAGCUGACCAACAAGGAUAUGUUGGUGAUGGAUCGCAUGGAUGAGGCCACAGCUCUUAUAGCAGCCGCUGCCCAUGAUGUCGAUCAUCCGGGACGCUCUUCGGCUUUCCUGUGCAACUCCAACGAUGCUUUGGCUGUCCUGUACAAUGAUCUAACGGUGCUGGAGAACCAUCAUGCGGCCAUAACCUUCAAGCUUACUUUGGGCGACGACAAAAUCAACAUUUUCAAGAACCUGGACAAGGAGACCUACAAAUCAGCUCGCAGCACCAUCAUCGACAUGAUUCUGGCCACCGAGAUGACCCGGCAUUUUGAGCAUCUGGCCAAGUUUGUGAGCGUUUUUGGAGGCGAAGAACCUCGUGAGCAACACUCGCAGACGGAGGAGGAGACAUCCAUACUCAUGCGCCGCAUGCUGAUCAAGGUGGCCGAUGUGAGCAAUCCCGCUCGUCCUAUGCAGUUUUGCAUUGAGUGGGCUCGUCGCAUAGCCGAGGAGUACUUCAUGCAGACGGACGAGGAGAAGCAGCGACAUUUGCCCAUCGUGAUGCCCAUGUUUGACCGGGCCACCUGCAGCAUACCAAAGAGCCAGAUUGGCUUCAUCGAAUACAUCAUACAGGACAUGAUGCAUGCCUGGGAGAGCUUCAUUGACAUGCCCCAGCUGAUCACCUACAUGCAGAUCAACUACUCGCAGUGGAAAAAGUACGACGAGCAGGGCGUCAACACCCUGGCAGACAUUAUGGCCAAGCAGCCGCCGGUGGGCAAGAUGGCCAACUCCAAAUAGCAUACGGCCUUUCGGAGAUUGUUCUCGGGUCUAUUGAAGCCACUGCCGGCCCAUGUGCCGGGCACCUCCACGAUUGGCGAGAACGAAAUGGAGGACGUACUCUAGUGACGGCGUCGUUGGUCCUGCGACAUCCUUCUACGGACUCGCAGUCUCUCGACCUGAGCCGAGGUUCGAGUUGAAGCUCCACCACCACCACAACAUCACCUAAAACACACACACAUAUCUCUCAACAGGACCAGGUGGUGGCCGGUCGGUGCUGGAGCGGUGUCACAAAAGCAACAAGCAAAAACAAAAACAAAGUAAACAAUUAUUGGGCUGGACUCAAAAUUAAAUGUUUAAGAUGCAUCACAAGAAGCAAACUAUUUCUAUUUCUAUAAAAAAAAAAAAAAACAUGUGAGUCUGUCUGUGUGUAAGUGCUGCGCGUGUGUGCAUGAUGUCCCUCCACCUUAAGUAAAUGUGUAUGUGUUUAGGCUAACGAAAGCAGGAAUGGCUUAAAAGCAGGAAUGGCUAAAACCCACAGCAUAUUGGCCAGAAAAGGAGCUACAAUAUAUGGCGUGCGCUCAACUGUACCUGGCGAAAAAACACGGUGUCAAGGCCAAGCUUUUAGUUCUCUCCCACAUCAAGAAGACAAUCUCUGUUAGACACUGCAAGAGGCCAAGUAAAACUACAUAGUUCAAGCCAAGUAGGAAUCCGGCUACAGAUUCGGAAAGACUAUGAAAAACCACACGAGUGCAGGCAGGAUACUAAAGCAGGCACUAAUUUAAUAAAUUACUAUCGAAACUGAAGAAACUGAAGAUGAGUAAACAAAACUAAUUCGAAUCCACUCUUGAGACAUAUUGUAUGAAAUCGUAUGGGGCCCCUUUUACUACUACUACUACUACUACUAGUACUACCUACUACCUAAUGAUUAACUAGUUACCUUUUACCUUCCCAACUGAACAAGCGGAACGUUGCGAUGAGAGAGCUCUAUCCUAACACUAAAAACCUACUAUUAUUAAUGUUGUUUAGCUUUCUAAGCAUACGGUAUGAGAAAUCAAACUAAACGCAAAAUGUUUACCAAUUAAGUGAAAUCCUUUUUGAAAUCUUUUUAUCUAAUUGACUGAACAAAUUACAUAUACAUAUAUAAACCAGAUCUAUUAAUACGAAUUGAUAAUACGUUCUUGUUAUAACUAAAGAGAGGAGGAAGGGAAAAUGUGGAAAUGAUAAUGAAAAGCAAAAUAAUAUAUACAAAAAUAUACAUAUAUAUACAAUUUAUACAACUUUUACGAAGCAUAUUAUAUAUAGUAUAUAUAUAUUUAUAUAUAUGUCAUACGAUAUCGGCAGUCAUUCACAGAGUUACAGUAAUUUGUAUGUGUUAAAACCCGUGCUUCAAGAAUGUUUUGAUAGAAAUUAUAUAUACACGUAUACAAGACCCUAGUCCCGAUCCCCCCCACCAGACGACGACGACCAUCAUCCGUAUACCCCAUCACACACAGAAACAGUAAACAAAUUAAUAAAUAAACAAAAGGGAAGAGAAUAUAUAUAAAUGUAUCUGCAUAUUCAGUGUUGUUAAUAUGUGUGUGUUUCAAUUGUAUAUGUAUAUUGGAUUAAAUCGCAUAAAUUACAUUACAAGUUAUGAAGUAUAUAUGUAUACAUAAAAUAUAUAGACGAUAUACUAUACUAUAUGUUUCUGACACACACAAAAACGAUAAAUCUUUACACACAACUACAUAAUGUGUGUGUGUGUGUAUUUGUUACUACAUCUGUUUGCUCCUUGCAGGUUAAGGAUUAUAAAUGUUAAGAUUUAGUCAAAUUUAUUGUAAAAACCAAAACACAACAAAACAAAACAUACAAAAAAUGAAAACA